AUGGCGGAUUCAUCAUCAACAACUGAAAAUAAAAAACUUGAUGAUUUCUAUAAGGAUGUUCUAUCAAAAGAACCAACUGUUCGAAUAGAAUGUUUUUCUGCACUUAAAAAUUAUUUAUCUGAUGUAAACACAUCACUUGAAUGUGAAGAUCUAACUGGUUUUCUGAAUGGUUUAUUUAAAUGGAUUGAAGGCAGUAAUUUUCGAAUUGCUUGUAAUGGUCUUCAAGCAUUGGAAUUAUUUAUUGAUCGAUUAGAUUCACAUGAAUUGGAAUGUUUUCUUGAUAAUGUUGUAUCUAUAACAGUCGAUCGAUUGGGUGAUGCCAAAGAUCAAGUUCGAGAAGCAGCAUCUAAUCUUCUUAUAAAAUUAAUGAUAACAUAUACUCCACAACGUGUUUGGGAUUUAAUACAACCAUUAUCGUUUGAUCAUAAACAAUUUCGCGUAAAAGAAGAAAGUCAACGUUUACUUAUAAGAUCAUUAAAUGAGUUUGGUGCAUCAACAAUUCAACUUGGCAAACUUGUUCCACUUAUUUGUAAACUUGUAUCGGAUUCAAAUGGAACGGUUCGUCAACAAGCAACUGACACUCUUGUAGAAAUUUAUCGUCAUGUUGGAGACAAAGUUCGUAAUGAUAUUGCUAAACGUGACAUACCUGAAGCCAAAUUAAAGCAACUUUAUGAAAAAUUCGAUGAUGUUGUUGCAAGUGGUAGAAUGAUUGCUAAAGUAACUGAUUCAACAGAUGAUGGUAAGAUAUAUGCUUUAUAG